UAUAGACCUUGCUUCAUUGAUCCUGGUAGAAGAGACGUUUUCACAGCAGCAAUUGGGAUAGACGUAACGAAGCACCAGGUGCGAAGCUGUUCUACCGAAGAGUACUACCAUAUGACUGGUAGCACUAGGUAUUCAGCAAGGCUGGAACAGAAGAAAGCUGGUACCAUAAAGAACAUCGAAAGUGAUAUACCAACUGCCAAGACUGGCUCUAAUGAUAGAUAUCGUUGUUAUGCAUCGUACAUCCUGCAGCACUUGGAGGACUUGUUUUCGUUCUAUAGUCAUGGCACUGCCAAAGAUCGCUUUCAUUUAUACCAAGGACGGAAACGUGCAGCAGAAAAAAUGGUAAAUAUGCUUGUUAAUGGAAGUACAAAGUAUAACGAGGAUCUCAGAUUGAAGAAGAGAGAAGAAAAAGAAAAGAAGGGCUCAAAGAAG